UCCGCUCUGCUCUCCUGCCCAGAGCCGGGGCAACGCCGCGACUGCAAAAACCAUGCUCCGCUGCCUGCUCCAGCGCGCCUGCAGCCUGCCCUGCUUAGAGCGGGGCGAUAAGCGGAGCGACCCGGUGGCCAGCCUGACUUUCCGAGGAGUGAAAAAGAGAACAAAGGUGAUCAAGAACAACACCAACCCUGUGUGGAACGAGGGAUUCGAGUGGGACCUGAAAGGACUUCCAUUGGACCACAAUGCGGAGCUUCAUGUGGUGGUCAAGGAUCACGAAACCAUGGGCAGAAACAGGUUCCUGGGUGAAGCCCACGUGGCCCUCCGGGAUGUCUUGGCCUCCCCCAAUCUGGCUGCCAGCUUCAACGCUCCUUUGCUGGAUGCCCAGAGGCAAAACACGGGGGGGUGUCUGAUUCUCCAAGUCUCCUACACGCCACCGCCGGGGGCAGCUCCUUUCAUCCCUCCUCCAGCCCCCCCGGAGCCAAAUCCGACUCUUCCUGAGCUGGACACGGUGACAGACACAGGGGGAGAAGAAGAGAGUGAAGACCAGCUGGGCGUCGAAGAGGAAGCCGAGCCCUCCGCGAGACCCUCGGCUCCUGACCAGCCUCCCUUGCCCAAAAGGCCCCCCUCCCAUGUUCUUCCUGCGAGUAAGAGAAGGAAGAGCACUUCCCGGAAGCUGCUCUCCAACAAGCCCCAGGAUUUCCAGAUCCGGGUCCGCGUCAUCGAAGGAAGGCAGCUCUCUGGGGUCAACCUCAAGUCUGUGGUGAAGGUCACGGCCGUGGGGCAGACCAAGAGAACCAGGAUCCGGAAAGGAAACGGCCCCUUUUUUGAUGAGACCUUUUUCUUCAACGUCUUUGAAUCCCCCGUGGAGCUUUUCGAUCAGCCCAUAUUCAUCAUGGUUGUUGACUCGCGUUCUCUCCGGACGGAUUCUGUCAUUGGAGAAUUCCGAGUGGACGUAGGGGCAAUUUAUGCUGAACCCAGGCAUUGCUUCCUCCGGAAAUGGCUGCUGCUCUCCGACCCGGAGGAUUUCUCCGUCGGGGCCCGAGGCUACCUGAAAGUCAGCUUGUAUGUCCUGGGUCCUGGGGAUGAGGCCCCCGUGGAGAAGAAGGAAGCUGCGGAGGAGAAAGAAGACAUUGAGGGCAACAUCCUGAGGCUGCCCGGGGUGGCCCUGAGGGGCGCCCACUUCUCCCUCAAGCUCUACCGAGCAGAAGACCUGCCCCAGAUGGAUGAUGCCGUGAUGGACAGCGUCAAGCAGAUCUUCGGCUUUGACAGCAACAAGAAGAACCUGGUGGAUCCCUUUGUGGAGGUGACCUUUGCAGGGAAAACGCUCUGCAGCAAGAUUGUGGAGAAGAACGCCAAUCCGCAGUGGAACCAGACCAUCACGCUGCCCGCCAUGUUCCCCUCCAUGUGUGAGAAGAUGAGGAUCCGCGUCAUGGACUGGGACCGCGUCACCCACAACGACAUCAUUGGCACCAGCUACCUCUGCAUGUCCAAAAUCUCCGCUCCCGGAGGAGAACUGGAAGAUGAGUUUCCGGCCGCUACGAAACUCUCCCAAGCGACAGACCUGGAUGAUGGUCUUGGCUUCCUGCCCACCUUUGGGCCAUGUUACAUCAACCUCUAUGGCAGCCCCCGGGAGUUCACCGGAUUUCCUGACCCUUAUGAAGAACUCAACACUGGCAAGGGAGAAGGUGUGGCUUAUCGUGGCAGACUGCUGGUGGAACUGGAGACCAGGCUGGUAGACCACGUUGAGCAGAAGUUGGGAGACAUCCCUGCGGAUGACAUCCUGAGGGUGGAGAAAUACCUGCGUCGGCGGAAGUACAAUCUUUUCGCUGCCUUCUACUCGGCCACCAUGCUGCAAGGCGUGGGUGAUGCUGUCCAGUUUGAGGUCAGCAUCGGCAACUACGGAAACAAGUUUGACAACACCUGCCUGCCGCUGGCCUCUACCACCCAGUUCAGCCGGGCAGUCUUUGAUGGCUGUCAGUACUACUACCUUCCCUGGGGCAACGUGAAGCCCGUAGUGGUCCUCUCCUCCUACUGGGAAGACAGCAGCCACCGGACCGAGGCCCAGAAUCUACUCGCCACGGCUGCGGACCGGCUGGCUGCCAACUUGGAGCUGGUCCACCUGGCCCGGAAAGCCCAGCGCUCUGCCAGCACCUUGGACACCCUGGUGGCUCAGAUGCUGGAUGAGUUCAUGACGGACUGCAGCCAGCCCCUGGCCGAUGUCACCCAGAAGCCGACCAGCACCCACCUGGACCAAUAUCUCUACCGUUUCCGGACCACCAACCUCAACCAGAUGCUCCAGGCGGCCUUGAAGAUGAAGCACGAAGACUCCGACCUGCAGGCGGUUUUGGAUCAGGCCGAAGACUGGCUCUCUCGGCUUAAGUCCCUGGUGGAGGAGCCCCAGAACAGCCUCCCGGAGGUGGUGAUCUGGAUGCUGCAAGGCGAUCGGCGGGUGGCUUACGCCCGGCUGCCUGCCCGGGAAGUCCUCUUCUCACGCAACGGAGCCAGCUGCUGCGGGAAGAACUGUGGGAAACUCCAGACCAUAUUCUUAAAAUGUCCACAGGAAGAGGUGGCGGGUGCCAGGAUCCCGGCCCAGAUCCGGGUCCGCCUGUGGCUGGGGCUGGCUGUGGACGAGAAGGAGUUCAACCAGACGGCCGAGGGGAGGCUGUCUGUCUUUGCUGAAACGUAUGAAAACCAAACGAAGCUUGCGUUGGUUGGGAACUGGGGAACGACCGGUCUCACCUACCCCAAGUAUUCGGACAUCACUGGCAAGAUCAAGCUACCCAAGGACACCUUCAGACCUUCCACCGGUUGGGCCUGGGCUGGAGACUGGUUUGUCAGCCCCGAGAAGACGCUCCUGCAUGACGUGGACGCCGGUCACAUGAGCUUUGUGGAGGAAGUCUUUGAGAACCAAGUUCGGCUUCCAGGAGGCCAGUGGAUCCAUAUGGCCGAAGCCUACACAGAUGUAAACGGGGAGAAGGUUUUGCCCAGGGAGGAAAUGGAGUGUCCUCUCGGAUGGAAAUGGGAAGAUGUGGAGUGGGACACCGACCUCAACCGGGCAGUGGACGAGAAAGGCUGGGAAUACGGCAUCACCCUCCCUCCAGACCACAAACCCAAGUCUUGGGUGCCAGCGGAGAAGAUGUAUCACACUAACCGACGCCGACGUUGGGUGAGGCUCCGCAGAAGAGACCUGGCUCAGAUGGAGGCCUUGAAAAAGUAUAAACAGGAGGAGCUGGAAGGGGAGGGCUGGGAAUACGCCUCCCUCUUUGGCUGGACCUUCCAUAUGAAACACCGCAAGACGGAUGCCUUUCGCCGUCGGCGCUGGAGACGUCGGAUGGAGCCCCUGGAGCAGACGGGCCCAGCGGCUGUCUUUGCCCUGGAAGGCGCCCUGGGUGGAGUGACAGACGACAAGAGCGAUGACGGGAAAUCCGUGUCCACCCUCAACUUCGGAGUGAACCGGCCCACCGUUUCCUGCAUCUUUGACUACGGAAAUCGCUACCAUCUACGUUGCUACAUCUACCAGGCCAGGGACCUGCUAGCCAUGGAUAAAGACAGUUUUUCAGACCCCUACGCCAUCGUCUCCUUCCUACACCAGAGCCAGAAGACGGUCGUAGCGAAGAAUACGCUGAACCCCACCUGGGACCAGACGCUGAUCUUCUACGAGAUUGAGAUCUUCGGGGCUCCCCAAAAUAUUUCCGAAUCCCCUCCCGACGUCGUGAUUGAGAUCUACGACCACGACACCUACGGUGCGGACGAAUUCCUGGGCCGCUGCAUUUGCAAGCCCACCCUUGACCACACGCCGAGGCUGUCCUGGUGUCCCGUCAUGAAGGGCGGCCGGACUGCCGGGGAACUGCUGGCCGCCUUCGAGCUGAUCCAGAGAGAGAAGCCAGCUGUCCAUCACAUCCCAGGCUUUGAGACGGAACUGACGUCUCUCCUGGAUGAGCUGAUCCCCCCCGUCUUCUAUCACGAGGGGCUUCUGCAAUGGUCUGCAGAUUCAGACCUGCCCUACCCUCCACCCCAGAGGGAGCCCAACAUCUACAUGGUCCCUCAAGGAAUCAAGCCGGUUCUCCAGCGAACGGCCAUCGAGGUGUUGGCUUGGGGUCUUCGAAACUUGAAGAGCUACCAGUUGGCCAGUGUAACUUCUCCCAGUCUUCUUGUGGAGUGUGGUGGGGAGAUGGUCCAGUCAACGGUUAUCAAGAACCUCAAGAAAAAUCCCAACUUUGACAUCUCCGUUCUCUUCAUGGAAGUGCGUCUGCCAAGGGAGGACCUGUACCGCCCUCCCAUCAUUAUCAAAGUCAUUGACAACAGGCCCUUCGGUCGUAAACCUGUGGUGGGCCAGUGCACCAUCCGAUCCCUGCAAGGAUUCCUCUGUGACCCCUACAAAGAAGAAGAAGUAUUUUCUGAAACCCACGCAGAGGACAUGAGCCUCACCCCAAAAGAUGAUGUUCUGAUUGACAUCGAUGACAGAGAACCUCUGAUCUCAGUCCAGCUUGCGGAUGGCAUGACCAGCUCGGCUUUAAUUAACACGCAACCCUCUCGGCCCCAUCUCCAUGAAGAAGAGUUCAUUGACUGGUGGAGCAAAUUCUACGCAUCCACAGGGGAGCGAGAGAAAUGUGGCACCUAUUUGGAGAAAGGCUUCGACACCCUGAAGAUCUACGAGACAGAGCUGGAGAACGUCGAAGACUUUGGAGGCCUUUCGGAUUUCUGCCACACCUUUAAGUUGUCCCGCGGCAAAGCUCAGGAUGACGGCGAAGAUCCCACCGUUGUUGGGGAAUUCAAGGGCUCCUUCAAGAUCUACCCUCUGCCCGACGACCCCACGGUGCCCGUCCCUCCGCGCCAGUUCCACCAGCUUCCAGCCCGGGGCCCCCAGGAGUGUCUCGUGAGGGUUUACGUCAUCCGGGCCUUUGAUCUGCAGCCCAAGGAUUCCAAUGGAAAAUGUGACCCUUAUGUGAAGAUUUCUGUGGGGAAGAAGUCCCUUAAUGACCAGGACAAUUACAUCCCCUGUACUCUGGAACCGGUCUUUGGAAAGAUGUUUGAGCUGACUUGUACAUUGCCCGUGGAGAAGGACUUGAAGAUCACCCUGUACGAUUAUGAUCUCUUGUCCAAAGACGAGAAGAUCGGGCAGACCGUUAUUGACCUGGAGAACCGCUUCCUGUCCAGAUAUGGGGCUCGUUGUGGUCUUUCCCAGACUUACUGCAUUUCUGGACCCAACCAGUGGAGGGACCAGCAGCGCCCGACGCAGCUCCUCCAUCACUUCUCCUUGCAGCAGAGCGGCAAACCUCCCGUUUACAAGACUGACCAGAUCGUCUUUGGAGAUGAGGUGUACUGCCUCUCGGAUCUAGAGGAGACCAAGCCCCCACACCCCCACCUGGGUCCUGUGGAGGAGCGGCUUGCCCUGCACGUCCUGCAGAAGCAAGGCCUGGUCCCUGAGCACGUGGAGACGAGGCCGCUGUACAGCUCUCUCCAGCCGGACAUUGAACAGGGCAAACUUCAGCUCUGGGUGGACCUGUUCCCAAAAUCGCUGGGGCCACCGGGGCCGCCGUUCAACGUGACCCCGCGGAGAGCAAAGAGGUUCUACUUGCGUUGCAUUGUCUGGAACGCCCAAGACGUCAUCUUGGAUGACCUGAGCAUCACCGGUCAGAAAAUGAGCGACAUCUACGUGAAAGGGUGGCUGGUUGGUUAUGAGGAGAACAAGCAGAAGACAGAUGUGCACUACAGGUCUCUUGGUGGUGAAGGCAACUUCAACUGGAGGUUCAUCUUCCCCUUUGAUUAUCUCCCUGCUGAGCAGGUCUGCUCUGUGGCGAAGAAGGAACAUUUUUGGAGCUUGGACAAGACAGAGAAUAAAGUCCCACCCCAGCUGGUCCUUCAAAUCUGGGACAACGACAAAUUCUCCUUCGAUGAUUACCUGGGCUCCAUCCACUUGGACCUCAACUGCAUGCCAAAACCAAGCAAGACCGCCGAAAAAUGCAACUUGGAUCUUCUGGAGACUCGGGAGAGAGACGUCUCGCUUUUUGAGCAGAAGACGGUCAAGGGAUGGUGGCCUUGCGUGGCCGAGCAGGAAGGCACAAAGAUCAUUGCGGGCAAGUUGGAGAUGACGCUGGAGAUCAUCAACGAACAAGAGCAUGACGAACGGCCAGCUGGGCUGGGCCGGGAUGAGCCCAACAUGAACCCCAAGCUAGAAGACCCAAAGCGGCCUGAGACCUCCUUCCUGUGGUUCACCUCACCCUACAAGACCUUGAAGUACAUCUUGUGGAGAAGGUUCAAGUGGGUCUUUCUCAUCUUCCUCCUGGUCUUCAUUGUCUUGCUCUUCCUGGGCAUCUUCAUCUAUGCCUUCCCGAACUACGCGGCCAUGAAGCUGGUGAAGCCCUUCAGCUGAAGCCCCCCGCCUCCUGGAUCCGGGCAGGAGACAAAGGAGAGGAGACCUACCAAGAUUUCAGAGACCCCCUCUCCCCCUCCCACAACUGCGUGGAAGGAAGGAGCACCGACGCUGCCUUGUAGACACCGCGCUACUGAGAUGAAGCCAAAACCUUAAAACUGCCCCUCCCCACUUUGUCCCCAAUGCUGCUCAGGUGACCUGGCUGGGCUGAAUGUACCAAACUGCCUGACCACGAUCUCAUCUUCUCAAGCACCUUGAACUGCACCCCUUUCUGGCGAUGCUUGAAUGUGACUAUCACGACCUACAAGGUGCCCUGUAGAAGACCCCUUCAGAAAGCAGAAGGGUGACCCAGAAAGGGAGAAGACCAGGGCAUCCAGCAAGGGGUCAACCAUUCAAAACUGGCCACUUUUCCACAUCACAGGCUUCCUUGGAUGCCUUGGACCCUCGCCCGGGUUGCUUGAGCAGAAUUCCCUUCCAGACGUUGGGGCUACAAUUCCUAUCAUCCCCCCCUGGGAGAAAAAUGGGGAUGAGGCCCAGAACGGCUGUAAGGGGGAGUGUCAACUCUUUCUAAAGCACCUUCCUUGCCAUGCCCAGCGCAGGAGAUACCCCCCACCCCACCCCAUCCUUAGGCCCAAUUUCAUUAAUCACGGUUGGUAAAUGCAGACCUGACUUCUGCAGCAACAAAGAUCUGCAGACACCCACAGACACAGCCCAGUGUUGGGGGCACAAUUCUGCCUGGUGGAGGGCUUUUAGACAUUUGGGUGUGUGCAAAUUGUGCACAGGUAAAAUGGGAGAUGGUCUAUUUCAGGGGUCUUCCAACUUGGCCCUUGGAUGACUUGUGGACUUCAACUCCCAGAAUUCCUCAGCCAGGCACGUGUGCCUGGCUGAGGAAUUCUGGGAGUUGAAGUCCACAAGUCAUCCAAGGGCCGAGUUGGAAGACCCCUGGUCUAUUUGCACACGUUCCGGGUUCCACCUUUUCUAAGUCUUGCUACUUGUUACUUCCAUCCUUUUCGGUGUUCGACGGACAUCACGAGGACACGUAAAAGACGGCCGGGCCGUUUCCCGUCCUUCAGGUCACCUACGACUGGACGGUAAGAUGCUGAGAUAAACUGGAAGCUUGAAUUCUGUUUUUUAAGGAAGGCAAAAAGCCAACUUCCUCUUUCCAGACAAGAAUCAGGGUGGAGAGACGUCAAAGCAAGAGGCAGUCGUGAUUCGAGGCUUUCUGGAAAAGUCCUCCAGUUUGUAAGAAGACGGUGAAAUUCCCGAGAAAGUCACCCCAGGCCCUUUCAUCCGCAGCGUCCAUCCCUGGGGGAUCGUCCCCCAAAAUUGUAAUGAUGACUUCAUACCAACACAGGCAGUCCUUGACAUAUAACUGCUCGCUUACGAUAGUUGCUAAACAAGUCACCGCAUAUGGUCAUAAGUCCAAAUCCAUGGUUAUUUUAUUUUUUUGCUCAGAAAGGGCGGAAAAGUGAUCCCCUGGCCACGGGAUACUGCAAAUGGCUUCAAAAUACGCGCUGGUUGUGCCCAAAAUGCAACCAUGUGGCCACAGGCCGUGGUUCGGCCGUUGUAACUUUGAGGACAGGUCAUUAAGUAACGUGUUUUUGAGUCCACUGCAAUUUCAAAUUAGAUUAGAUAACCUUUAUUGUCAUUUUUUCCUGUGGGCACAACGGUACACAUUAAAAAUGAAAUUUAGUUGCUUGCCCUCAAGUGUACACAUACCUAGCACAUAUGUAUGUGUACAUACAGUAGUGGCCAAAAUUGUGGAAAUCUUUCGGGAAAAGUGUAUUUUUGAGGUUUGAUGGCUAAUAACACCUACUUUUUUUGGAGUAGUAUCAUAAAAUUAUACAUCAAU